AACAAAGGGUAGACCGGUUUUAUUUUUAACCGGACCGUCUCAGCACUACAAGUAGACCCGGUGAGGUCACUGCCCUAACAAGUAAUAAGAACCUCUCUCUUUCCCGCCUCUUCUAUCCAUGGCGGAAAAAAACAAGAAGAAGCGCCGCCUUGUCGAUCCAGAUUCCUCCAUCACCGACGACCGCGAGCUUCCUUUCAAGAGCAGUCUCCAACCAGAUUCCGCUAUCCUUCAAUCUCUGGAAUCGCUUCUUUCUUCUACCAGCUCCUCAUCCUCCACCAAACCCCUCUCCCUCUCCGACCUCUCGCUCUCCUCUUCCUGCCGCGAGGUCGCGGAGCUUCCCCUCUCCUCCGUCCAAUCCACCGUCGAAUCCGUUAUCCUUGAGCUUGCUCAAUCCAUUCUCUCCGGCCGCGGCUUCUCCUUCAGUGUCCCCUCCCGCUCCGCCGGUAAUCAACUCUACGUCCCUGAGCUCGACAGAAUUGUACUUAAGGACAAGUCCUCCAUCCGCCCCUUCGCCCACGUGUCCUCCGUCCGCAAGUCCACCAUCACCGUCAGGAUAAUGUCUCUCAUCCACCAGUUAUGUCUCAAGAAUAUUCACGUCACCAAGCGAGAUCUCUUCUACACAGACGUCAAGCUCUUUCAGGAUCAGACCCAGUCCGAUGCCGUCCUCGAUGACGUCUCCUGUAUCCUCGGCUGCACCAGGUCCAGCCUGAACGUCAUUGCUGCCGAGAAAGGGGUUGUUGUUGGCAGGCUAAUCUUCAGUGACAACGGAGACAUGAUUGAUUGCACUAAAAUGGGUAUGGGCGGAAAGGCCAUUCCACCCAAUAUUGAUAGAGUUGGGGACAUGAAAAGUGAUGCUCUGUUCAUCCUUCUUGUGGAGAAAGAUGCUGCCUAUAUGAGACUUGCCGAGGACCGGUUCUAUAACCGGUUUCCUUGCAUUAUUGUGACUGCUAAAGGGCAACCCGAUGUGGCCACGAGAUUGUUCUUGAGAAAGAUGAAGAUGGAGCUGAAGCUGCCAGUACUGGCAUUGGUGGAUAGUGAUCCUUAUGGGUUGAAGAUCUUGUCUGUUUAUGGGUGUGGAUCAAAGAACAUGUCCUAUGAUAGCGCAAAUUUGACGACUCCAGAUAUAAAGUGGUUGGGAAUAAGGCCUAGCGAUUUGGACAAGUACAAGAUACCGGAGCAGUGCAGGUUACAGAUGACAGAGCAGGAUAUUAAGACAGGGAAGGAUAUGUUGGAGGAGGAUUUUGUGAAGAAGAAUCCUGGAUGGGUUGAGGAGUUGAACUUGAUGGUGAAGACGAAGCAGAAGGCUGAGAUUCAGGCUUUGAGCUCAUUUGGUUUUCAGUACUUGUCUGAGGUUUAUUUGCCAUUGAAGCUGCAGCAGCAGGAUUGGCUUUGAAUGCAAGUUGUCUUUAUUAGCAACUUACUAUAUCUUAAAUUCAGUUUUAAACUGCUUGGUUUCUUCCAUAUAUAUUGGAAGAUCUAUUAUUGACAACAGAACUCACCUGGGCAUUAAUGUGUCAGCCAUAUCCUCUGUUUUACUUUGAUGCUCUGUUUUCAGGAGGGGUAAAUUGGAGUUGAGCUUUCCCAUCUUUUUUGGAAGUCAAUUUCUAAUAACAAGAUAAAUGCAAUCUGGCUUUGUACG